CCACGCGUUUCCCCCCCCCCCCAAGUUUCACCCCCCGUAUACCUAGCUUCCCCGACCGACAGCACCCUCGCGUCUUUGUGCAACCAUGGAAGAAAGCGCGUCUGCCCGCCCGUCAGAGACUCCUGAUGAUACUAGUGCAGGAGAUGACACCCUGGGCCAGCUUGGCUCGAAAAACCCCGCCCUGAAGGACCGGAAAUGCCAGUAUUGUCACCAGGCCUUUACCUCGUCCUCCCUCGGCCGUCACCUUGACCAAUUCCUCUUCAAGAAGAAGCCCGACGGGGUUCAUGAUGUGGAGGAAAUCCGGCGCAUACGCAGUGGCAUCACUCGACGGCAGGCCCGUACCUCCUCUGGCAAGCGGGACACUCCCGAGCGUGGUCUGGGUAAAGGCCAGCUGGACCCAUUCCAUGCGAGUGAAUCCAGUGGGAAGCCUCGCGAUGGCCCCGUCAGGAUGAUGUUCAACACCCCGACAUGGCAUGCGACCGGCGUGAUCAAUGACAUUCCCAAUCCAACCCAAUCGCAGGACUCCAGGUCGUCGCGCUUCGUGUCUUCCCAAUCCCGCGUUGGAUCUCUUACUUUGCCCGAGUAUGGAAGCCGCGGUUCUGGCGCAAAUAACCCAGAUACCGUGAGAGCGCUAGAGUUGGCGCUGCGCGAGGUCCUGGAUAAUAUUAAAGCUGCAACAUCGAGAACGCGACCUCGACUCUCUCCAUUCGACUUCGACAUUCAGGUUCAAACAUUUCCCUCCCUCUGUUUCCUGUUGCUGCCUCCCCCGCCGACUCUUUUCGCUCCCAAUCCGUUCCCUUCCCCUUCCUCUUUCCCUCUCAGCCCUCCCGGAGCAGAGCAUCUGGACAUCGUGCGCCAAGCUAUUCGCGCGAAGAUUGAGCAGUGGCAGUCCGACCAGCUUUCGGCUGAGUCUACGACCUCGUCCCAACCCGGGCGGUCCAAUCUCGGCUUAGAUUUGGGCAUGAUCAGUAGAAACGCGCAACAGCACGAGGACAUGAGCCUGCGACACCUCGAACUGGCGUUCAAGCACUGGGCAUCGCUUCCGCAGGAAAUGAAAAAGGACGCAUGGCAGCUUGAAAUCAUGCGCGCAUUUGCCCGUGAGGCCGAGAAACGGAAGUCGCUGGAUGACCAACUCGCGCGGGUCCAGCAAGAGGCAAACCAACUCCGAUCCCAGGUCGAGAAACUGGGCUCCUGCCAGUGGCCGCGAGAAUUUGCGCUUUUCCCUCCCGAUACCCUUCCCCUUCCGCGCGACGUGGCCCGAGAACUCGACGCCAAAGAAAGCCAAGUCAGCCCCAGCUCUUCUCGCUGGGACUAUGACAACGUCGUCGCGAAAUGGAAACGAGUUAUCAUGCACGAUCGGAGCAUGGGUCGUGUGGGCGUCGGGUACAUCAAUCCUGUGGUGGAAGAGCCCAUCCCCAACAACGACAACGCAGAUGCGAAACCAAGAGGUGGUGAGGACUUCUCGAAAUCAAGGAUACUGCAACCUCCAUCCACUCUCAGUCCUGGCCAGUCACCCUCGCAGACAGGGAACUCAGCUCCCCCAAGCCAGCACCCUUCACCCUACCACUCACAGGACCCAAACCAAAGCCCCAAUUCAGGUCCCCAGGCGAAGCGGCAGCGUCUCAUGAAUGGUCGCCACAUAGAUACCACGCCAAACCCAACCGAUGAAACUCCCAACAGCUCGUCUAAUUCAGGCGGUCCUAUCUCCUCCACUCCUACUUCUUCUACCUGGAACGGUCAACAACAACAACAACAACAACAACAACCACACCAACAGUCUAUGAUGGUCUCGAAUCUCUCCGCCCCAGUUGCACCGAUACCCCCCUCCUCAACCGGCUAAACAUACAUGAAUGCAAAUAUUACUUGACUUGGCUAUUCAUUUACUUAAUUUUUUUUUUCUUUUUGGUUCUGGACCCCCGCAUAGGAAAGGAGGCACCCAUUCACUGCCUUGGUACUAUUUGCAUUAGCCAUUGUAUUCCGUCUGGACUUUUGCAUUCGCUGUACAUACCUAGUUAACUACCUAACUAACUACCUAACUAACUAACUAACUAUAAAAGUCUACUUAGUAAUAAUCAGC